AUGAAUGAAUCAUCUUCAUCUAUGAGGAUUAUCAGAGGUAUUCCAUUGCAUGUCAAUUUUGUUGACAAUUUACCAUCGUUUUCAAUGGGUUUAACUCAAGAUUUUGGGGUUGAUGUAGGGUCUAUGGUAAAAUCAAAACAAGUUCAACAUGAACAAACAAUGGAAGAAUUGAGAGCAAAGAAAAAAUAUGACCCUACGGCAGUUCAAGAAGUUAUUAACAAUGCUAAAGCUAGAGGCAUUAAAAUUGUACAAGGAGGAAGAAAGAGGAAAGCAGUAAACAUUGAUUCAGAGGAAAAUGCAUGUGAAGUUGACGGAUCUGAAGAACAUCAUAAUUAUGAGGUGUUCAUAUCUCCAUUUUCCGGCGAAAUUAGUGAGCUCCUAUUUCAGUCGAAAACCACCAGAAACCAGUGUUUCCGGCAGAGCUCGAAGCUCGAUGAACCGGCAAACAACUACCGCUCCAAACUCAGGCGAAACCAGAUCCAAAACCCCAUUGCCCAGUUCUCUUAUAUGGCUAUUUCAGAUGAAAGGCAGAGGAUAAUGCCCACGGCCCAAGAUCGAGCAAUGGGCCGACAGCUUGACUACAAAGAAGCUGUACUUCUUACAGGCCCAUCUACUUCUUUCCUCAAAGGAGAGGUGGAUGAUAAAUAUCAAUACUCUGUUGAAAACAAGGAUAACAAGGUCCAUGGGUGGAUAAGCCCAAGCCCAAAAACUGGAUUUUGGAUGAUUACACCAAGUAGUGAGUUCCAAGCAGGUGGGCCUGUUAAACAAGACCUCACUUCUCACACCGGCCCAAUAACAUUAUCGAUGUUCUUCAGUACACAUUAUGCCGGAGAGAUUAUAGGGCUCAGAUUUCGAAAUGGAGAGCCAUGGAAGAAAGUCUUUGGGCCAAUUUUUAUUUACUUAAACUCCGUGCCAAAUGAGGAAGACAUUCUAACACUAUGGACAGAUGCAAAAGAACAGAUGUUAAUCGAAACCGAAAAGUGGCCGUAUGAGUUCCCUCUUUCGCAAGAUUUCGUUGGAGCUGAUCAACGGGGUAUUGUAUGUGGCCGAUUACUCGUUAACGAUAGCUACAUGAGUAAAACACUUAUCACUCCAAAUUCAACUUUCAUUGGGUUGGCUGCACCUGGAGAUGUUGGAUCAUGGCAAAUUGAAAAUAAGGGUUAUCAGUUUUGGACUCAAACCAAUAAUGAAGGAUAUUUCUUUAUUAACAAUAUCAUCCCUGGAAAUUAUAGUUUGUACGCUUGGGUCCCUGGAUUUAUUGGUGAUUACAAAUACAAGGACUACAUCAGCAUCAUCCCAGGAUCAAGAAUUAGGUUACAAACUCUUGUGUAUUACCCUCCAAGAAAUGGUCCAACAUUGUGGGAAAUAGGCAUUCCAGAUAGAACUGCUGAAGAAUUCUUCAUCCCUAAUCCACAACCAAAACUUCAAAACCAAUUAUGUAUUGCACAUUAUGAAGAAAAGUUUAGGCAAUAUGGAUUAUGGGAUCGUUAUACAGAAAUAUACCCUAAUAAUGAUUUAAUCUACAUUGUUGGAUCUAGUAAUUAUCAAACAGAUUGGUUCUUUGCUCAUGUGAAUAAAUAUAUUUACAAGGAUAAUGGGGACAAAACAUAUAUACCAACUACAUGGCAAAUUGUGUUUGAUCUUCAAGAAGUAAAGGAUUUCUCAAAUUAUACUCUUCAACUAGCAUUAGCAUCAUCAAAUGAAGCUGAAUUACAAAUCCGAAUAAACGAUCAAAAUCCAGAACAUGCUCCUCAUUUUACAACAGGGUCGAUAGGCAAGGAUAACGCGAUUGCAAGACAUGGAAUUCAUGGAUUAUAUCGAAUGUAUAGUAUAGAUAUACCUAGUGAUCUUCUAACUAUUGGAAGUAAUACUAUGUUUCUUAAGCAAAGUAGAGGUUCGAGCUCUUGGAGUGGACUCAUGUAUGAUUAUAUUCGUCUUGAAGGACCCCUAAAAAAUGAGUAAAUAAUCCAAUUUGGUGGAUCAUCGCAUAUUAAAAGGAAAUUGGGAGAUGCUGAUACAUUUACAAUAGAGAAAUAUACAAACUGUAGCCUUCAAAGCAAACGAAGCUAGCUAUAGCUAUGAAGCGCAAUUAUAUAUUAAAACUGUAGCUAUUAUAUGUACUAUUUUUUUAAAUUUUCUCUUUAUUAAAUCAUAUGGGUGAUGGGUCAAUGGUUCAAAGUUUGUUAAUUAUUUGGUACAAGAAUUGAAAAAAGAUUAAUUUUUUCCGUUAAUU